AUGGCCUCCGUCAACAAACGGUUGGGCGUCUCCGGUGAGCCGACCACCGAGCCAACCACACCGUUGGUUAUGAAGUACUACGACAAGGAUGCUAAGUCACGGCAAGAGAUCCGAAAUGCCCUUCGCAACAAUGAAUACCUGAAGAACUUGGAUGCCGUUCAGCUGCAGGAAAUCGUAUCCUGCAUGUACGAAUACAGUAUCAAGGAGGGCUGUUAUAUCAUUCGCGAGGGCGAAGAUGGAAAUCACCUCUAUGUUGCUGCCGGUAAGAGAGAACAGCGUCCUCUUCCAACAAUCUUAUUGUCUCGCUUGUAA